ACAGUCUAUCAUAAUCACAUGAACACAUUGUUACACACACUUCUCGUGAGACCAUUCUCCUUGUGUUUUUUCCAUCAAUUCAAUCAUGCUCUCUUUCAAUGUUGGUCUUUACCUUCUCAUUGCCUCUCUCGUUGUCUUCCACCUGCUUCCCAGUCCAGUGGCCUGUGAUGACAAGGAGAAGGAUCUGCUUCAUGACAUCAACACUUACAGAAAAAUUUUGAACCUUCCUGUUCUGGAUGAGAAUAAGAAGGCUUCUUGCUUAGCUGAGGAGAUUGCAGAAGAUCUAGGAGAAGUGCACUGUGAAGUCUUUCGUGACUACUACCCGACGCCUGGUAAUAACUCAAAAAUUCCCAACUUUCAAAAGAGCAUAGACAAAUGCAACAUCAACAUCAACACCACCACAGAAGGGGUCGUCAUGCCUCUCUGCGUCCCCAAGUUGAACUCCGAUGACCUGUUUUCCAACUACACCAAAUUCAAUCGCUUCACCAAGUACCUCAAUAAUUCCAAGUAUAAGUCUGCAGGUCUUGGCUCCGAAGAUGAUUGGAUGGUUUUUAUUGUCGCCACCAACGCUACUUCUGGAGAUUUCUCCUCUGCAUCUUCUUCUCUGCUUCCUCACUUCCUCAUGCCAGCAUUCUUCUUCGCCACGCUUCUUCUCUUCUUCAAGUAAAUCCGUUUAUUCGCUCCAAUUUUCUUUUCCCCUUUCUUUAUUUAUUUCUCUAAUUUUCCAUAAUUUGCAUGUGAGAACAUCACCAUUCACGUGCUUGUAACUGUAAUUCAUCAUGUAUAUUGGUAUCUCAAAUGUUGUUCUUCGGUUGAAAUUUGGGUAAAAAUUAGAA